GUUUGGCCUUACAAUGGGCAUACGAUUUGAUCUAAACAGGCAAGAUGUACAGCCUUGUGUUGUGUGCUGCUCUACUGACGUGUGUCCAUUCACUGAAUCACGAGCUAAAUGACCUUUGGCUCAGCUACAAGAUGAGAUACAACAAGUCAUAUUCCAGCCGGAUGGAGCUCAUUAGACGUGAGAUUUGGGAAGCGAACAUCGAGUUGAUUGAGAGACACAAUAUCCUUGCGGACAGGGGACUUCACAGCUACUGGAUGGGAGAGAAUAGGUUCUCUGACAUGACAACAGCAGAAUUCAAGCAGACAAUGAACGGGUUCCGGUCUCAAGACAAAAGGCCAAGCAGUCUCCAGUACAUACCCACAGCAGUCUCAGUUCCAGAUUCGGUAGACUGGAGGGUCAAAGGUUAUGUCACACCAGUCAAAGAUCAGGGCGACUGUGGUUCUUGUUGGGCUUUUUCUAGCACUGGUGCACUCGAGGGCCAGCAUUUCAAGAAGACAGGCAAACUAGUUUCCCUUUCUGAACAGCAGUUGAUCGAUUGUUCACGGGCUUACGGUAACAAAGGCUGUGACGGUGGACUAAUGGACCCUUCAUUUACUUACAUUCACGAGAACAAUGGCAUUGACACAGAGGAAUCCUAUCCCUACAAAGCAAAGAAUGGUGCCAAGUGCCUGUAUAAUCAGUCGGAUGUUGGGGCUACUGAUACUGGAUUUGUUGACAUCCAGUCUGGCAGUGAGGAAGCUUUAAAGCAGGCGUUGGCUACCAUAGGACCAAUUAGUGUCGCCAUUGAUGCUGGUCUAGGAUCUUUCCACCGCUACAAGUCUGGGGUGUACAACGACGAUCAAUGUAGUUCAGAGGUUUUAGAUCAUGCAGUUCUCGCUGUCGGCUAUGGUACAGAGAAUGGAACGGAUUAUUGGAUUAUCAAAAACAGCUGGGGUCCGGCAUGGGGCGACAAAGGCUACAUUCGUAUUGCCAGGAAUCAAGAUAACUUGUGCGGUGUUGCCACAUUGGCCAGCUACCCUCUAGUUUGAAGAGCGAUCUUUCAUCCAUUAUUUUUAUUGAACGUAUUAAUUCUUUUUAUUUUUGCUGUUGAUUAA